AUGCCUAUUGGUCAACCUGUAAUGACUCGUGACAUUGAUCGAUUCAGUUUACUGAAUUCACGAUAUGUCUACUUCGUCAAAGCCCGCGUGUGUGAAUUUUGGGCAAAUGAAGGCCAUGAUGUAAUGAUGUAUGAAAAUGCAGGGGAGUCAGCCUGCUGGUUUGUUGGUCAACCAGUGCUUUUCUUUCACCCAGUCUUUGGAAAGUUUAUUACAAACUACAACAAUGAGAACCUUGAAGUAUCAUGGCAAAUUGAUGAUGGAUCAAGUAAUAAUGGUGUCAUAUUAGAAAAUGAUAGAUAUUUGGUUGCUCUACAUGAAGUUAAGAAUGAAAUAGGAGAAGGGGGAUCUGACCUCUUUUUUGCAAGCAUCAUUUUCAUGUUUAAAUUUCUGGAAACAGGAAAAGCUGGACCUUGGUUGUGUAUUGCUGCAGGUAUUUUUACAGACCAUGGUGUUCUGGAUCCAUUGACAGAUUUUGUUCCACUAGUACUAGUACCAAUGAAGCAUCCCAAUGAGAUAGACCAUAUUGUUAGACUGUUUCAAGCAUGGAAACUUGCAGUCAUGGAUUUGAAGCACUUUUACCAUACUGACAAAACUGUUGGAUCUGCUUGGAGUGCAAAAAAUCCUUGUGGUCACCAGAAUCUUUUUCCAUAUCCAAACUCAUUUACAAUAGAUGAUAAGAAAGUAGAAUUCACUUAUGAAUCUUGGAUGUCAAGGUCAAAAUCAAUGUGCACAGCAACAAUUUCAGAUAUGGAUGAUAUAAUUGUUAAAUUUACAAAAAAUUACUGUGGUGAUGCACAUAAGUUGUGUGCCACUGAAGGUUUAGCACCCCAGUUACUUUGUGUAGAUAGAAAGAUAGUAUCAGGUUGCAUUAUGGAGAACAUCAAAGAGGCAAAGCCAUUGCAUGAAACUACGUUUAAUUUGAAAAAAGAUCAAGAUCAGGUGUUUCAAGAUAUACAGCAGGCUAUCUCUCUAUCUACUAUCAUCAUAACAACCUAG